CGAGAGCGAGACGGAAGUGCGUGGAGAGAGGAGAGAGUGGGAUCGGGUACCGAACAUGUCCACACCUGUCAGUGGGCGUCAGUGAGGCGGCAUAGUUCACACGAACUCGAGAGUCCGAGGAGUGCGGACCCGGGCGUGGAAAUAAGGAAUUGUGAAAAUCGGAGCAGCGAAUUGCCGAGGAAAAGGAAUUGCAUAAAAGGCGCUGGCUGGAUCUCCAGGCCGCUUGUCUGUUUGUAUGCUGCUGCAGAAGAAGGAGGAGGAGCAGGAGAAGGAGGAGGAGGAGGAGGAGCAGCGAGGGCGAACCAUCACGGCGAUGGUUCAGAGUUGCUCCUCGCACUGUUGUCACCUUUCGCCCAUUCUUUGUCCGUGAGGCAUUUCCAGGCGCGUCCGCAGGCAGGAUACGCGAGCGAAAGCGCCCAAUUUCGGUGCGCGCUCGCCAGGCCCCUCAUCAUUUGCCACUUCUUGGCAGCAAUCUGAGGAUUGUUAUCCUAUCGCGCGCAGAUCAGUAUCCUUGGCGCAGCGCUAGGCAGGGCAGCAGGCUGGGCAGCGGAAUGAGGACGCCGGAUGGGCGCCCGCGCCUCCUCCUAGGAUUAUUUUUAUGAGCUGGUUCGACUAUACAAUUGCCCGCGGAUCGACGGAGGGGAUAAUGUAUUUUGCUGUUCGACCAUUGUCGCCCACACCUGGCGAGAUGCAGUCGCCCUGCGCGCAGGUGGCCUGUUUUGGAGCCUCCCUUUCUCGCCUUUGAUGCCCGCCGAGUGCUCCGUCCCGUGCAUCGAGCUGGUGUGUGCGCCGGUAGACAGCGUGAUGGACUUGCAGACUCAAGUGGCGCAGGCAGUGCAGGUGCUGAAUCAUGACCUGCAGUCAUGCAAUCGAGUUGCCGCCAAUCAAUGGCUGGUGCACUUCCAGCACACGGAUGCCGCGUGGGAAGUUGCCACCAAAAUUUUGGCCUUAGAUUCGAUCCACACACAUGAUUACGAGGUCGAACUCUUCGCAUCACAGGUUCUGAAGCGCAAGAUCCAAAGCGAUGCGGGGAGUUUGAAGCCAGAAGACAGAAGUGCCCUUCAAAAUGCACUACUCAUGUCAGCCAAGAAGUUUAGCACAGGUCCAUCACAGUUGUUGAGGCAGAUAUGCUUGGCAUUGUCUGCCCUAGUUUUGCGAGCUGUUGAGUGGCGCAAGCCAGUAGAACAACUUUUUGCCAGUCUAUCAGAGCUACAAGGUCAAGGGACUGGAAGCAAUGCCAUCUUGGAAUUGUUGACGGUUUUACCUGAAGAGGUGAUGGAAGAUCAGCUCGUGAAUUGCAGUGUCGAUCCCAAUAGGAGGUGGCAGUUUACCAGAGAACUUUUGUCACACACCGGCGCAGUUUUGGAAUUUCUUCUGCAGCACACCAAAAAUGAUUCCAUGGAGAAUUCACAGCUGCAUGACAAGCAAAGAAAAGUAUUGCGGUGCUUGCUGAGUUGGGUGAGCGUGGGCUGUUUCUUAGAAGUUCCACAAAGUAGUAUACCUACACAUCCUCUUCUAAAUUUCGUCUACAACUCACUUCAGGAUGCAAGCACUUUCGAUCUAGCCGUGGAGGUUCUGACAGAACUUGUUAGUCGACAUGAGACCUUACCACAAGUCUUGCUACCCCGAAUGCUUUCAGUCAAAGAAGCUCUUCUGAUGCCAGCGUUAGCCACGGGUAACGAGAACAUUGUGAAUGGUCUUGUAAGCUUGAUGGCAGAGCUGGGGCAGGCGGCACCUGCUUUGAUUGCCCAGGCCAGCACGGAUGCACUGGCCUUGGCAGAUGCACUCCUGAGAUGUGUCGCUUUUCCGUGUCCAGAUUGGGAGAUAGCUGAGUCUACACUUCAAUUUUGGUGUACCCUUGCAGAAUAUUUGCUUGCAAUGGGUGAAACUCAUGGGGAGCUCCAGAAACAAAGAGCGCUCGCAACUUUCAUUCCUGUCUAUUCAGCCUUGCUAGAUGCCUUGGUAAUGCGUUCUCAGGUUGGAAGUGGGGAGUAUGUGGAGGAUGAUUUGGAUGGUAACACGGGUCUUCCAGAUGGUCUAGCCCAUUUCCGAGUGAGCCUUGAUGAACCUCUUGCCGAUAUUUGUCGCUUGCUGGGACCUUCUCAGUAUUUCGCAAAGUUACUUCAUGGGGCCGAUACAUGGUGUUCGUUCGAUUCCAUCGUUCCUUGGCAAGUGGUAGAAGCUCGACUUUUUGCGCUCAACAUGGUGUCAGAUGUUGUUCUGCAAGGGGGCCAAUUAUUAGAUCUUACUCCUGUCAUGCAUCUGCUAGUGUACAUGCAGUCUGGUAAUUGUGCUAUCGAUCCAAUUUUGAUGAAUCUGAUACAUAAGUCGGGGGCGCAAGUUGUCGGUUCUUACUCCGGGUGGAUAUGCAGCUACCCGAACGCAAUAUUACCAUUACUGUCAUUUUUGGCAGCUGGACUUCCGAUACCGGUAGCUGCUAGCGCCUGUGCCACAGCUCUGAGAAAAAUGUGUGAGGACGUGUCAAGUAUCGCAACUGAACCAACAACUUUUGAAGGUCUUAUUCGAGUCGGAGAGGAAUUGUACAACGUUCAUCUGUCACUCCAAGAGGAAGAGGAUGUCGUUUGCGCGAUUGGUUGCGUUUUAUCCACAUUAACGAGCAGUGCUGAGCUGAACAAGGCACUCGAAAGGCUAUUGAAGCCCAGUCACGAAGCAAUAACUGCUCUCCUGAAGACGGAUAGUGAAGGGUCUUUGAAGCUUCAUUCAGCAAGCUAUGCAGCUGCUUUAGAAGCUGGUAUUAGAGCUUUACAUAGGUUGGGUAUAUACUUUAGUCAAUUAUCGUCAUCAAGUGUCGACAAUUUCAAUGGAGAGGAGCCCAUGCUUAGAAUUUUGGCUCAUUUUUGGCCUUUGUUAGAGCGGCUCUUGUUAUCCCGACAUACCGAAGAUGGUGGUUUGGCAUUGGCAGCUUGCAAAACACUGUCACACGCAAUACAAGCUUCAGGGCGGAAGUUUUCGACCUUAUUGCCGAACAUUAUGACUGCAUUGUCUUCAAACUUCAUAGCCUACCAGUCGCAUGUUUGUUUCAUAAGAACAGCUGCUGUCGCAGUGGAAGAGUUCGGACAUGAAAGCGAUCAUGGCUCCCUGUUCAUCGAAACAUUGAGGGUUUUCACAGCCUCGGACGCUAUGUCACAAAUGAACAGUUCUUACGCAUGUGACCAAGAGCCUGAACUUGCUGAGGCUUAUAUGAAUUUUACAUCUUCAUUUGUUCGAUGUUGCCCUCGAGAGGUUGUGGCGGCUUCAGAUGAGCUUUUAGAGGCAUCAUUUGAUAAGGCCGCUAUUUGCUGUACGGCUAUGCAUCGGGGAGCAGCAAUAGCUGCAAUGUCCUACAUGUCUUGCUUCCUAGGGGCUGGUUUAUCAUCCUUAAUGGAUCCAGGGUCGGACAAAUCUAAGCUUUCUUUGGCUACAGUGACUGCGAAGAUUUGCUAUCAGAGCGGGGAGAAUGUUAUCUCUGGCAUCUUGUAUGCUUUACUAGGUGUUUCAGCCAUGGCGCGGGUACACAAGGCAACUACAAUUCUUCAGCAGCUUGCAGCGUUUUGUUACAUUGGCGGAGGGGAUGAGAAGCUGGCUUUGAAUUGGAGCUCUCUGCAAAGCUGGCUGGUGGCUGCGGUCCAAGCGUUGCCUCCUGAAUAUUUGAAGCAAGGAGAGAUUGAAACUUUGAUCGCUACAUGGUUGAGUGCUUUAGAGGCCGCUGCAUCAGAUUAUUACAAAAGUCGAGGAGCUUGUAAUGGAGGAAGAACGGGAGCAGCUGGUUACAUGCAAGGUGAUGGCGGAAGAACAUUAAAGCGAGUACUACGUGAAUUUGCCGAUGCUCACCGUUAUACUACGCCCGGUUUUGGAACGACAUAAGUUGGAGACAUUGCAUAAUGUAUUAUUUUUCGUCUCUGAGGCUGAAAGUCAUCGGACUGGAAAGAAGGUAGUGAGUCAGCCAGCCAAAGAGUGUACUGAUCGAGGCUCUCAAGUCAUCUGCAUGUUAGAAUUUUGGUCCCUUCUGUCUUUGAAUCCGUUAUUGGUAUUGGUUGUGGAACAAAGACAUGUGACUCAGCAGAUGAUGAAAUGGGUUGUUCUUCCUGACAAGCUUGAUUUGAUCAAAGGACAUCAUCGCCAAGAGGUAAACAGUGAGAAAUUCAUUAAACUGUACCUCUUGAAAGUUGUCCUCUCGCGAGUGUAGGGUAAAGUAAUCUGUAUCAUACAGAUCUCGCUCCGUAGGCAUAGAAGCAAUUGCAACAUGAAAUGUACCAAAUGUUCCUGAAACAGCAGAAGAAAGUUGUCCAGUCGUCCAUCCUGUACUGUGCUCUAACUUGCGAUGUAGCCUUUUACUUCCCAGUUUUUUCACUAGCUGGGGACAUAGAAUUACGAUCAAUUUUCCUUAUAUUCAAGGUUUCUAGAUAGUACCAUUACGAUGGUGAAAUCUAGCAGAUUGGCCAUCUACCAUCUAGCAGAUUGGCGUAUUGCCAAUCUGCUAUAAUGCACUGUCCAAUCCUACUGUUAAAAUCUGGGUACCAUGUUCAGCCUGUUAUGAGGAAGGACGAAUAGAUCCACUUUGAACCUUCUUAGAGUUUGGAAUCAACCCAUCAAACUUAUUCCCUGUUAUACCUUCCAUGUCCAGUAAUCAGAGUUGUCUUAGGGAGAUCUUUUUGGUUAUAUAAUAAAGAACUUUCUGUCGAUUCUGAUAAGCUAGGUUUUUGCUUAGAAAUCUCCUCCCGUCUAUGAGCAUUCGACUCCACAUCUGCUUCGAGCUUGC